AUGGAUAAAUCUACAGAUUCCGCAACAACCACUCCGCCGUCAUCGUCGACGUCGUCAGCUUCCUCAAGUGCAGUCGUCGGGGGAGCAACGUCGACGUCGCAGCCGACAUCAUUAACUAGCGAUGGGGUUGGAAAUCAAUGCGAUGGCGUUAGUUCGGCAAUGACCAGUUUUUUGAUGCCAUCAUCUUCCGCUAAAGCGUCCUAUAGACCACCAGUAAGUAAUAGUAGUACAACGAAUAUAGGGUGUGGUCCAUCGCCGUCAUCAAUGCCAUCAACAGCCAGGAAAUUAUCUACACAGGAGGCAGAGAACACAGUUGGAGCAAGGAAUGAUGUUACUUCCGCUACAACUGCCACUAAUAAUGCCUCCAUCGCUGCAACCUACUCCGCCAUGAACUCUUCUUCGUCGGCAUCGGCAUCGGCAUCCGUAUCUACUACGCCCACCACCACCUCAAAUAGCAAUGGCACAUCAUCAACCUCUGCAAUAGCUGCCGCUAUGACAAGGCAUGGCGCAUUCAUACUACCCUCCACGCGCUCAAUGCCAGUGAGCGGCCCACUUGCCGCCACCACAUUGCAACACACAUCGUCACCACAUGCUUUACAACUACCCCACAUUAACUUGAAUAUAAAUACGACGACUGGUGGUAAUUUUGGUGUGACAGUGGACCCUCAAAUCUCGGUGGAGAAUUUAAAGAAGAUAAUUGCCAAGAAGCUUAAAGUCGCCAAGGAUCGCAUUUGUUUGCUGCAUCGUGAAAA